UAUUUCCCCGCAUUUCCCACAUUCAGUUCUCUUACCUACCCCGGAGUAUCGCCCUUUCUGGUCAAGUGGCUCAAUGGCGUUAAGAUUCAACCAGCGAGUGAAUCUAGGUCUCCAGAAGUCUGGAUGGAGCGUGGAGUCCGCGUGGUGUGGGGAAGCCUAACAUGGACGAUAUAGGGUCGUCGUAUUUCCGCCUGAAUGCAAGCGGGUCUGUCCUCCAGUCCUUUCUUUUCAGAUUACUCCUUCCUGUGGGUAUCAACUCGCUCUACUUAUGUUUAAUGCAGUCAUGGCUACUCACUCUAACGAUUAUAUGAAAGAGAAACACGGUGAAGAGAAGCCGCGUUUCAUCGAGAAUGCCGACGAAUCUCCUACCAACAACUCGCUCAACUUGGAAAAGGAGCGUACGUUGGAAGGCGUAGAUGUCCACAACCGAAGUGCAUUCAAGGGAGACAAUUCCGACGGCAAAGUGACUUGGGGUCUGCGUGGCAUAUUCGCAGCCAUAUUUCUCGCGGCACUCUAUACAGGCUCGCAAGUUAUCCUAUACUUCACUGGUGGUUCACUCGGCUUCAUUGAGGAAGACCUUAAACUAUCAAGAGGUUCAGCAUGGCUUCCAACUGCGAACAUCCUGGCCAUUGCCGCAGUAUGCCCGUAUGCUGGAUAUCUGCAGGAUCUUUUCGGGAAACGAUACAUUGCCCUAAUCGGUUCACUGUGCAUUUGUAUCGGAACCGUCUUGAUGGCCACUACCCACUCCUUUGCCCAGGCUCUUGCGGGAAUGGCAAUUUCUGGUGUCGGCGCUGCCAUUGGUGAAUUGACUGGCUUAGCUGGGCUUGCUGAAGUCGUCCCAGUCAAGUAUCGUGGAUACUCACUUGCCCUUGUCACCGCAUUCGUCAUUCCCUUCUGUCCAUAUUUAAUGUAUGUCGAGCUAUGGUCCCAUAAUAGCAGUGUCGGCUGGAGAUGGGGCCCAUGGUGUGCGCUGACCUACAACGGCAUCACUGGUCUUGGCCUAUUUUUCACAUACUUCCCGCAUAAUCACACACGUGCUGAAGGUUUUUCUCAUCGUGCCAUUCUCAAGAGAAUCGACUACGUCGGUGGUGUUCUGUCGAUUACUGGCCUUACCCUCUUCCUUGUAGCCCUUCAAUCAGGCGGUUACACACACCCCUGGAAGAGCGCCUACGUCCUAUGUACUCUCCUAAUUGGUCUUGCUCUCAUCGGCGUCUGGGUGAGCUAUGAAUGGAAAGGUGCCCGCCAUCCAAUGGUUCCCGGAGAGCUUUUCAAAGGCCAGCGCAUCGUUGGACUCGCCUAUGUCAUCGCAUUCGCCGCAGGAAUGAACUUUUUUUCUAUCUUGAACUUCUUCCCCAUAACCUUUUCCUCUGUCUAUGACCCCACCCCAGUUCAAAUUGGUCUCAAAGGUCUUCCUCCUGCUUUUGCAACCACAUUCGGCGCUAUUGGAUUCAACGCCGCACUCUCCACCUUCCCCAGUCGUAGCCGCGAGAUUCUUCUCGUUGCUCUAUUUAUCAUGACUGCUUUUGGUGGCUCGCUCGCAGCUAGUACUCCUGACAACCCGAAGCUUACAGUCGCACUUGGCACGCUCGCAGCCUUUGGCGUCGGCGGCGUACUCGUUCCCGCCGCUACUGUAGCCAUGAUCGUAACUCCCGACGCGCUCAUAACUACCGCAGCCGCACUAUCACUUUCCAUCCGAACCGUCGGUGGCUCCAUCGGCUAUUCUAUUUACUACAACAUCUUCGCCACCAAGCUCGGGCAAAAGCUCCCCGUAUACGUCGCCGAAUAUGCCAUUGAAGCUGGGCUACCCGUUUCAUCUGCUAAGCUCUUCGUCGGCACUUUUUUGACAGAACCGGAAAAGCUUGCAGCAAUUGAAGGCGUGACGCCGGCGGUGGUUGCGGCAGCUACGAAAGGGACGCAAUGGGCGUAUAGUCAGAGUUUGAAAUAUGUUUGGUUUACGAGUAUUGCGUUUGGGGCUAUGGCGAUUGUUUGUUGUAUUUUGCUGCCGAGUACGAAGAAGUAUCAGACCAAUCGUGUGGCGGUGCAGAUGUGA